AUGGAAUCAAUGUCAACGACUGACCGCGUUGUCCGUAACAACAAGAGAUUACCACAGUCUAGAUAUUCUCCUUACAUUUUAAGGUCAGAACUAUCUACUAUUCAUAACAGUAAAAAGACUAAUCUUACCAUUGAGAAGCAGAAAGAGGAGGCUAUACGACUCGGAGUUGAGCUCUCACUCUUUAUGGCUGAAGCAAUGUUCAUAUUAUCUGAUGACCUACGUUCUAUGUUACUCCUCUGUCCUUUGAUAGUGAAGUAUGCAGGUUUUAAAUAUACUAAUGAUGGUCCUGUGAGAGAAGGCUCUUGUGGUGGCGUCGUGAAACCUUCUGAUUUUGAACACUAUAACCAAGAGAUGAAGAAGCUGGAGGAGAUGUUGAGGGAUGAGAUAAAGUCUAACAUUCUUCAUUUGUGGAAGUCUCUCUUUGAAACACCAAUCAAGUUGAUAUACCCUGAGGUUAGAAUGCUUGAGAUGUUCAAGCCUCUGUUGAACCAAUCAAGGGAGAGUAUUUGCUCUCGUCUUAUUGCAUCUUUAGACAUAUGA